GGAUAGAAAUGCGGUUGAAAUUAUUGCGAAAACAUAUCUGGCUCUGCUGUCCCUAAACUCGCGAGAAAAUGGCCGGCCAGGAAGACCCAGUGCAGAGGGAGAUUCACCAAGACUGGGCCAAUCGAGAAUAUAUCGAAGUUAUCACGAGCAGUAUCAAGAAAAUUGCUGAUUUUCUAAAUUCUUUUGAUAUGUCCUGCCGUUCACGCCUGGCGACUCUAAAUGAGAAAUUGACUGCGUUAGAAAGGAGAAUCGAGUACAUAGAGGCAAGGGUGACGAAAGGGGAGACGUUGACUUAAACCUCUGUGGAUUGUUGGGCUUGAUGUCACAGCUCUUCACAAAAUGACCACCAGACUCCGCUUUACGUUUCCGAGUUAACCUUUUAAAAACUGAUUUAAGAUUUUACAUUGUUAUAUUAUGUGUUUAUAUGGGACCACUGGAGUCUGUCCCUAUUAACUGUUUUGGUGUUUGACUGUUUUAAGACCCCAGGUCGUCUCGUGCAGAGCUGUGGCCUACACAGGUCUCAUAGAUGUUGCAUUUCAAAGACACACAGUUCUUGAUAAAUUCUUAAAUCACUGAAAAAUAUUUGUAUGUAUACAUUGUUUGCAAAAGAUUUUACUAGGCAAUUGCACAUUCUAUCCCUUGUUGAAGGCUAAUUCAUGUUACUUGGCCAUUAGUUUGACUGAUUGCAAAAUAAUGCUUGACAUUGCUGCCAAAAAAAUUCAAAGGCUGUGUCUCCUUUCCCUGCAUUCCUCUGUUCCACUGUCUGUAAAGGGAAUAUGUUUUGUCCCCAUCUUUUUGAGCAUGUGUGUACCAAAGAAGAAAAUGCUUCUAUGGGAUCAUGAAUUAAAAUUCUCUGUAUAGGACAGGCAAUAUCUAUUUUUCUUUUUUCCAGUGGUGUCUUAUGGUGGUGUGCGUGCUGACUAUUUUGUGCAAUGCAAGUUUACAGGACAGAGAACGGUGUUGCAAAGUGCCAAAUCCUCUCUCUUGCUGUGAUGGUUUUAUUUUUCUCAGAAAUAUUUUAUGUUCCUGUAUGUACAAUUGUAUGUAACAAUUGCUUUGUUUUAAAAAUUCAAUAAAUAUAGUAAAGUAUAUUUAAAAA